AUGAGCCUCUCUGGCCCGCUUCUCCCCAGCAAGCUUACCGCGUCUGCUAGAGCAGGCCUCUGCAGCCGGGCACAAUGGCUGUGUACCACUAGCUUUAACCGGCCUCAAUUCCUCUCCGCGCAAUCCUUCUCGUGGAUUUCGGGGAGCCCUUCCUUUAUACGACUUUUCAGCGGAACUUCAGCAAACAGCUCCGCCGCGACCCAAUUCAGCUGGCGCAUAUCCGCCUCAUACUCUGCGAAAGGCAAACGCUUCAAUCCCGAACUAAACCUCUUCAACCAUAAUUCUUCCGUCAGGGCAGCCAAGACGGGCACCGGGCUCCAAAACAUCGGAGAGAAAGACAAGAAGGAUCGCCCGGCCAGCGGACAGGAUUCCUUCUUCGUCAACGAGGUCGGUACAACUGGUUCGGUGGCCUUUGGCGUGGCCGAUGGAGUAGGCGGCUGGACCGAGUCCGGCGUCGACCCGGCCGACUUUGCGCAUGGCAUAUGCGAAUACAUGGCAACGGCUGCGAACGGCUUCCCCGAAGGCUUCAACUCGACUACACUGCAUCCAAAGGACCUGCUGCAACUGGGCUACGAAAAUGUCAUGAAAGACAAAACAGUCGUCGGUGGCGGCAGCACUGCUUGCAUAGCAACUGCAGAUCCCUCUGGCUCAGUCGAAGUGGCCAAUCUCGGUGAUUCCGGCUUUAUCCACAUGGGCGUCAAUGCCGUUCGCUAUUUCUCUCCUCCGCAAACCCACGCAUUCAAUACCCCCUAUCAGAUGUCGAAGAUUCCGGAGCAGAUGCUGGCCCAGAUGAGGCUCUUUGGCGGGUCACAAGUUCAUGGAGAAACACCGAAAGAUUCUGCGAUUACCAAACACCGGGUGAAGCACGGAGACGUCUUGGUCUUUGCCACGGACGGUGUAUGGGACAACCUGAGCCCCCAGGACCUGCUUUCAAUAGUUGCCAAACACAUGACCGCAUUGGGUGGUUGGAUCGACACGAGGGAUGAGUUCACUGUGAGCAGAGAGCUCCCGGCCCUGACCGAGAAGGGCAACUUCAGCAAGUCGGACAACAACACGCUGCAGGCGCUUCUCGCACUGGCCGUCACCGGAGAAGCAAAGGCGGCCAGUCUUAAUAUGAGGCGGGAUGGGCCUUUUGCAAAGGAAGUGCAAAGAUAUUAUCCGCAAGAAAACUGGCAUGGCGGCAAGCCAGAUGACAUCUGCGUCGUAGUGGCCAUCGCUAUCGAAGAGGGAAGGUGA